AUGGCCCUUGUGGAUAAGCACAAAGUCAAGCGCCAGCGAUUGGACAGGAUUUGCGAAGGUAUCCGCCCCCAGAUCAUGAACGGCCCCCUGCACCCCCGGCCCCUGGUGGCGCUGCUGGACGGCCGUGACUGCACCGUGGAGAUGCCCAUCCUCAAGGACCUGGCCACCGUGGCCUUCUGCGACGCGCAGUCCACACAGGAGAUCCACGAGAAGGUGCUGAACGAGGCCGUGGGCGCCAUGAUGUACCACACCAUCACCCUCACACGAGAGGACCUGGAGAAGUUCAAGGCCCUGAGGGUGAUCGUGCGGAUAGGGAGCGGCUACGACAACGUGGACAUCAAGGCGGCCGGCGAGCUGGGGAUCGCCGUGUGCAACAUCCCGUCGGCGGCCGUGGAGGAGACGGCAGACUCCACCCUCUGCCACAUCCUCAACCUGUACCGGAGGAACACGUGGCUGUACCAGGCGCUGCGGGAGGGCACGCGGGUGCAGAGCGUGGAGCAGAUCCGCGAGGUGGCCUCGGGGGCAGCCCGCGUCCGCGGGGAGACGCUGGGCCUCAUCGGCUUCGGUCGCACGGGGCAGGCGGUCGCCGUUCGAGCCAAGGCCUUCGGCUUCAGCGUCAUCUUCUACGACCCCUACUUGCAGGACGGGACCGAGCGGGCCCUGGGCGUGCAGAGGGUCUACACGCUGCAGGACCUGCUGUACCAGAGCGACUGCGUGUCCCUGCACUGCAGCCUCAACGAGCACAACCACCACCUGGUCAACGACUUCACCAUCAAGCAGAUGCGGCAGGGCGCCUUCCUGGUGAACGCGGCCCGCGGCGGGCUGGUGGACGAGAAGGCCUUGGCCCAGGCCCUCAAGGAAGGCAGGAUACGAGGCGCAGCCCUGGACGUGCAUGAGUCAGAGCCUUUCAGCUUUGCUCAGGGGCCCUUGAAAGAUGCGCCGAACCUCAUCUGCACGCCCCACACGGCCUGGUACAGCGAGCAGGCCUCGCUGGAGAUGCGGGAGGCCGCCGCCACCGAGAUCCGUCGCGCCAUCACGGGCCGCAUCCCCGAGAGCUUAAGGAACUGUGUGAACAAGGAAUUCUUUGUUACAACGGCUCCUUGGUCAGUAAUAGACCAGCAAGCAAUCCAUCCAGAGCUCAACGGUGCCACUUACAGAUACCCGCCGGGCAUCGUGGGCGUGGCCCCGGGGGGGCUUCCUGCCGCCAUGGAGGGCAUCAUCCCCGGAGGUAUCCCCGUGACGCACAACCUGCCCACCGUGGCGCACCCUUCCCAAGCCCCCUCUCCCAACCAGCCCACCAAGCACGGGGACAAUCGGGAGCACCCCAACGAGCAAUAG